ACAGCGGCGCGGUCACCUUGUGCUUGAAGUGUGUCGCGGUGAUGCGGGCGCGGCCGAGCGGGCAGCGGAGAGUCACUUCGUUUCGCAGUUGACAGUGCAAGGAUGAGGUGCCGAUGUCUUUCCCGAGUCUCGGCUAACUAAGCGCUGCCUGGGGAAUGAGGGCAAUGGCAGAAAGAAGCGGCUUGGGCUCCAAUGCGGACUGGAUGGGCUCCCUGCCCUCUUCUCUCACCUCUCUGCUCCUCAAACAUUUGGCCGUUCCAGGUUCACAUGACUCCUUCAGCUACUGGGUAGAUGAGAAAGCUCCAGUAGGACCCGACCAGGCACCCGCAGUCAAACGACUUACUGGAGUUUUUCGAUCUCUGGGAAAAAAGGUGAUGAAGAAGUGGUCCAUGACACAAAACCUAACAUUUCAUGAGCAGUUGGAGGCCGGCAUACGGUAUUUCGAUUUGCGUGUGUCUUCAAAGCCAGGAGAACCCGGUCAUGAGAUUUAUUUCAUUCAUGGACUCUUUGGCAUUAAGGUGCAUGAAGGACUGGUGGAGAUCAAUAACUUUUUGAGUGCCCACCCCAAAGAGGUGGUGUUCUUAGAUUUUAAUCAUCACUAUGCAAUGAAUGAAAGACACCACAAUUAUCUCAUAACAAUGUUGCAGGAGGUUUUUGGGCAGAAAUUGUGCAAAACAGAAUGUGUUGAGGAAAUAACGCUGGAGUAUCUGUGGGAAAAAAAAUAUCAGGUGCUUGUGUUUUAUCAUCAUCCUGCAGCAGAAGAAUGUCAAUAUAUGUGGCCAGGAAACAGAAUUCCAGCCCCAUGGGCCAAUACUACAGAUGCAUAUAAACUCAUACAGUUUUUGGAAACAACGCUGGGCGAAAGAGCAAAAUAUGGAACAUUUCAUGUGUCUCAAGCAAUUCUGACCCCAAGGGUGAGGACAGUUGUUCGUGGACUUAUCAAGGGGCUACGGAAAUAUCUGGUUGAAAGGAACCUUCCUACCAUCAUGGAGUGGGUGCGAACACAAAAGCCUGGGGCCAAUGGUGUUAACAUCAUUACUUCGGACUUUGUUGAUCUGGUGGAUUUCGCUACAACUGUUAUCCAACUGAACAAUUUGUUGCUUCCUCAGAAGGCAAUUAAAUAA